ACGGCACUGCAACGUGUAUCUGUACGCCAUCCAUACGCUUCUGCACGCUACUGCAACGUGUAUCUGUACGCCAUCCAUACGCUUCUGCACGCCACUGCAACGUGUAUCUGUACGCCACCCACACACCAUCCGUGCCUGCAAGGAGCCUGUGCGGCACGCCGCUCCAAGGGGUUCCUGCCUACCGCGCGAAGGUGUAUUGAUACAGGCUCCACCCGCCUUCGCACGCCGUCGCAACGGGUGACGAAUACACGUUGAAGCGUCACUAAUCCACACUGUACCCACCACCCAAUCGCGUGCGGAGCGCGUAUUCCUCCUGUAUCGAUACACCUUGCGCUGGCGUGAGCAAGGCGUGCACUAACGUGUAAGAUCUCCGCCAGGGUAUAGAAUUAAGUGAAGAGUAUUACAACGAGUGAGGGACUCAAUAUUAAUCUUGCGUUUCUUUCCCAGCAAACUUUUCGCUGUAUCACCGCCGUUGUCGUUGCCGUCGUUUUUAAGUCAAGGAAACAGCGCGCAUCACCAGUUCUCAUUGUCCUUCACAGGCCCUGCCGGCGAACCCACGCGACCUCCCCGACAACAUCCCCCUGCUCCGACUGAUUCAGGACAGAGUCGUACCACCCCGACAGCAACUGCAGCGGGGCGUGGACGCGGGCAGGAAGGUGGUGGAGGCGCUGCGGCUGGCGUUCCCCAAGGCCGUGAAGGCACUCAACCGGCAGCUGGAUGAGUCGGUCGCCCAGCUCGUGCAGCUGGAGGAGGCCCUGGAGCAGCAGGUGCCGCAGUGUAAGACAGGAGAUGGACGCACCUCACCGGAGCAGCUGCAGCUGGCCAUGCAGCUGGAGGACAGCCUCCGCCUGCUCACCACCAACAAGUGCAGCGUCGUCACGGAGGAAGAGGAUGGUGGAUCCACCUGGAAGGCCGACGUGCAGCUCGGCGAGUUGGGCGACGUCUUCCGCCUUCUGUUGCUGCAGCUGCGCGCAGACGGCCAGCUGGCCAAGGUUGACGACGUCGCUGGCCCCUCGUCCCCAGCCGCUUACGUGGGGCCACCAAUGACAACCACCCUGACCAUAACAGACAAAGAUCUCUCUGAAGGUGGUUUAAAGGUGAACGACAUCGUACGCGACAAACAGCGGUGGGAACAUGCACGCUGCAUAAAGGGCUUGAAGGGCAAGGGCUCGGAUAAACUACUGCGUGUCCUAGCGUCGCACCCUGUGCACCUCGAGGAGCUCGAGUGCUCCGGUCCGGUAGAACCGAAGGUCAUGGAAGAGGUACUCAAACUGACUUCACUCAAACGGCUACACAUCGAAAGCGUUCAGAAGUGUGACGACUACCCGGACCUGCCGUUGCAGCUGGAAGAGUUCAGAAUAAAGUUCCCAAGCGAGCGUCAGCUGCGCAGUGUGCAGCGCAUGCCCGCCCUGCACAGCCUAACGGUGUGGGAUUACGUUGGUCCCAAUGUGACGUUCACUACCUCAGAGUACGGGACACUGCGCUGGCUGUGCGUGGCCCUCAACACUCUCCACAAGCCCACCAUGCUCUCCCUGGUCCGCGCGCACGCCUCGUCACUGCGGGAGCUGCAGGUGUACUGCACCAUCAGUGACGACGAACUUAAUGGUAGCUUCUACUUCCCCGAGCUCGGCCGAGACCUCGCUGCUAGCGGCCUGCUGCACCUCAAGCGGCUCGUACUUAUACGUCCGAAGGUCAAGUGCACUGAUGUCGCUGGCUGCCUCAUGCAGCGGCGCAACCUCCGUUCCGUCCUGCCCUCUUCCGUUGGGGUGGUUUGCGGCCCGUGUGCGGCCUCUGCUCUAGAGUGAAUGUUUAAACUGGAUACCUGCUGCAUUGAGCAAGGAGCCUCUACGCCGUCCAAGACAUGCCAUAC